AUGGCUUCCAUGAGGAUCCAAACAGCUUAUGCUUCUGCUUCAUCUUCAUUUUCUUCACCUUCUUCAUGCCUUCAAAGGAAAUAUGAUGUCUUCCUAAGUUUUAGAGGAGAAGACACCCGCAGAAGCUUCACAGACCAUCUGUAUGCUGCUUUAAAGCAGAAAGGAAUAAUUGCCUUUAGGGAUGACCCAAGCCUUGAGAGAGGGAAAGAAAUUGCUCCAGAACUUUUGAAAGCAAUUGAAGAGUCAAGGAAUUUUGAGAAAGCUUUUGCUAAGCAUGAGGAAGAUUUUGGGCUGAAUGCAGAGAAGGUCAAACAGUUGAGAACUGCUCUAACAAAGGUGGCCAAUCUAUCUGGAUGGGAUUCGCAUAACAGGAAUGAAACAGAGUUUAUCCAAGAUAUUGUUGAAGAUAUAUUUGCUAGAUUGAAUCAUGGGUUCUCAGCUUCAACUAAGAAUCUUAUUGGAAUAGAUUAUCAUCUGGAGAAACUAAAUUUGUUCUUAGCUAUGAGGUCUGACGAUGUUCGCAUUGUAGGCAUCCGUGGGAUGGGUAGGAUUGGAAAGACAACUCUUGCUAGAGUAAUUUUUGAUAGGAUAUCUAAUCAAUUUGAAUCUAGCAGCUUUCUUGCCAAUUUUAGGGAGGUUUCUGAAAGAAAUGGUCUAGUUGUUCUACAAAAUCAGCUUCUUUGUGAAAUCAUGAAGGAAGAGAAUAUUAAAAUAUGGGAUAUUUACAAAGGAAGCAAUAUGAUAAGGAAUAGACUUUGUCGCAAAAGGGUUCUUAUUGUUCUUGAUGAUGUGGAUAAACCAGACCAAUUAGAAUCUUUAGUUGGAAAACGUUAUUGGUUUGGCUCAGGAAGUAUAAUCAUAAUUACUACUAGAGAUGUACAUUUGCUUGUUCAGUUUCAUGUAGAUGAAGUGUACAACAUGAAGGAAUUAAAUCACGACGACGCUUUUAAACUAUUUAGUUUGAAAGCGUUUAAGAGUGACCAUCCUGUGGAAGGUUUUGUAGAGCUGUCCAAAGAGGUUGUGAGAUAUACUCAAGGACUUCCAUUGGCCCUUGAAGUUCUUGGUAGCUUUUUGUAUGGUAGAAGUGUGGAUGAAUGGAUAAGUGCAUUGGGAAGACUAAAGCAAGAUCCUGAAAAUGUAAUUUUGGAUAGACUUGAAAUAAGUUUCCAUGGGCUAAAACCAACAGAAAAGAAGAUAUUUCUAGAUGUUGCAUGUUUUUUCAAAGGGAUGGAUAAAGAUUAUGUAGUGAAUUUGCUUGACAGUUUUGGUUUUUAUGGAGCUAUUGGAAUUCGUGUUCUCAUUGAUAAAUCUCUAGUAACUAUUGUUGACAAUAAUAGAUUGUGGAUGCAUGAUUUGUUGCAAGAAAUGGGUCAAAAGAUCGUUUGGAAAGAAUCACCUGACAAGCCCGGGAAGCGUAGCAGGUUAUGGGUUGAUGAGGAUGUCUAUCAUGUGCUAACUGAAAAUCUAAAAAACUUGUGGAACUGGACAUGUCUUAUAGCUGUAUCAAAGAACUGUGGAAUGGAACCAGAUUCUCUUAAAACCCUCACUCUUUCUGGCUGCUCAAAACUUGAUAAGUUGCCAGAGAAGUUUGAAAAUGUGGAAUGCUUGGAGGAACUUGAUAUCAGUGGGACUGCAAUGAGGCAAAUACCAUCUUCCAUUCUACUCUUGAAAAACCUCAGGACAUUGUAUUUUCGGGGAUGUGGAGUCCAACCACCUAAGCCAUGGUUUUCUCUUCUUAGCUAUUUGUUGCUUCCAAGAAAAAGUGCAGAUUCCUUGUCUUUGUUGUUGCCUCCUUUGUCAAGUUUGCGAACCUUGACAUCGCUAAAGCUAAGCAGUUGCAAUUUGAUAGAAGGAGCAGUUCCAAGUGAUAUUGGUUGCUUAUUGUCAUUAAAGAUAUUGGAUUUAAGCGACAAUGAAUUUGUUAGUCUACCUUUGAGCAUCAGUCAACUUUCAAGUCUUGAAGAACUUUUCUUGGUUGCUUGCAGAAGGCUUCAAUCACUACCAGAACUCCCAGCAAAUGUAUAA